CCGGCUAUACAGCUGGGUUCACUGGCCUAUUUAUAUACGGGUGUUCCCAUCUACUCAAUCCAUACACCUUGGGUUGGGUUGAUAGUCAUGGCUGUGGGUAUGUGUUCCAACAAGAAGCGCAGCAGCGCCGGCGUCGUUGUUGUGUGGUGUGUAGUCCUGCUCGUCGUCGUCGAUGCGGCGGGCAAGGAAGGUGGUGGGAGAGCCGGGAACUUGGGUGAAGAGCAUGGGGAUGCAGCCUACUGCUCCGCGUUGUGCCGCGGGCGGUCCGAGUCGGACUUCGGCCCGUGCUACAAUGAGUGCUUGUACGGGAGGGUGACAGGACAAGAAGAAGCAAGAGGAUGUGGUGGAGUUGCAGGGAGAGCUGGUCGCCUGGCGAUGCCGACGGAGCGUGCCGGACGCGAGAGAGAAGAAAAGGGGAAGCAAGCCGAUGCCGUCCUCCACCUGAGUGACCCGGUCUGGUGCUACGACGUCUGCCGUGAGCAGAAGGUCAUUCCCCAAGAUCAAUGCGUCGGAGAGUGCUACGCCAAGAAUAUGCCGGACGACGACCCACGGUUGGCGGCCCAUGGAGGAACUGGAGGAGAAGAAGCAAUAGCAGAAGCCGUUGAUGGGCUGACGUCUGUGGGGAAAGUAAAGUGCGAAUGGUUUCGCGAUUGUAGUGUAACGCCAUGUGUUUGGCGCCGCUGUGGGAAGAGGGCGCAAGAGGAGGACGCGCCCUUAGCCUGAACUUGGACUGACAAAGCUAUUAUCGUCAAGAAGUUGCUGCUGCCUCCUGCACUGCACGGACAUCGUCGUUUGUUUUAACAAGGUUUUAAUGAGGUGGUCGAUCUUGUUGUUAAUUAUUAUUUCUGGUUUCCUUUUAUAUUUCAUGUGCGAGCACACAACCUCUUGUGUGUGUGCCGCCCUUUUAAGGCCACCACUGUUUUUCCUUUUCUGCUAUGUGUUUGGCAAUUCUGGUUAUAUGCAUGGCGUACGUCAA